GUUGAAGUCAGGCAAGACCGGCCACAAUUUCCACCCUUUGCGGCCUGAGCAGGCUGAGGCUGAGGUGGGAGCGCUUUGCUGCGUGCUUUGUGCAGAGGAGGAGAAAAGGAACCCAUCUUAGACUUUCGAGUUCCGACUUUCAAUCUGUAAACGACAAGCGAGGCGAUUGAAAGUUGCGGCAACCAGGCAGGAGUGCACGUGGUGGUGGUGGUUUUGAACGUGGUUGCAGAAGUCUGCCAAGGAGCUGCCUGACAAAUCACACUUGUAUUUGCUGGUCUUGACCGAUUCUGCACUGAAUAAAAGGCUCGCGCUAUUUUUAACGGUGCCAUUUUCUUUUGAUUAGCAGAAUCACAGGCGGGAGCUUUUCUAAGAAGCCCAAUACGUCUGAUUAGCAGAAUCACAGGCGGGAGCUUUUCUAAGAAGCCCGAUAGACGUAUCUGACACCACAUGGGGAAAUCCAGGAGGCAUCACAAACGGUUUCAGACGAGCAAGGCAAAGGUUGGCCUCGUCAAGAGGACCACGCAUAAAAACCCACGAAAACCGGAGGCGGUGAAACUGCCUGGUGGGGAAGGAGUCCUUGAAUGGGCCCAAAAGGGCACCCUCCAGAGCAACUAUGAGGCUGCGGGGCUGGCAGUAAAUCCAAACAAGAUUGGAGAGAAGCUAGGAAAGCGAGGGGACAUAGUGGAGCUGGUAAAGGUCAAAGAUGGGAAAGUGGUCGGCUUGGACGAGGCCGAUGACAACCCGGAUGAUGAAGAGAUUGCAGAUGAACUCCGAGGGGCAGCUGGACGGCCACGCAAGGAGAAGAAACGGGAGCUGCCCCCCCUCACGAAGAUGCAAAGAGUGUACGUGAGGGAAUUGCAAGCAAAGCACAAGGACGACUUCGAGGCCAUGGCAAAGGACAUCAAAUUGAACAAGCUGCAGCAUACGCCAGGGGCUUUGAAGUAUCUGUUCGAAAGGUAUCUAGCUCAUCCGAAGCUUCAAAGACGAGAUCAAGCUACGUGAUCCCUGCAGCGGAAGCUAGGUCUAGGUUCUUAUAUGUUCUUCACACGCGCUUUGCACAUUAACACAACCUUGGCAUGGAUCGGAGCCGUCGAAUGUUCAAUUAGACUUGACUAGGCCGCUGUAGAAAUUGCUUUCUGACGAGUAAGUGGCUUUACAAGCACUUGCUGGUGUAACUGUCCGUGUCUGUGCGUUACAUCCUGGAACGAACGUGGUUUGUAGUAUAAAGACGUCAGCAUCCCAUGUCUUGUACACAGUGAGAAAUGUACAGAGCACCGUGCUGGUGCUGGGAGGGCAUGCACAUCAUCGUAG